CCAGACCAGAAUUCUGAAUCCUCCUGAAUCCUAAAAGUCGCUGUUUGGUCCUGCUGGGAGUGGUGUUAGCUUAUCCUGGUGGAUGGAUGGCCCCUUCACUCGUUCACGUGGCUCUUCCCUGCUCCGUUGUGUUUACUGAGCUGCAGUACUGUACCACAAUUACAACUCCUUGCGUUUCUUGUUCACUCGUGUUGACCGAUCUGCACUAGUAGUAUGGUUUCUUGUUCGCUCGUGCGAGAAUUAGAUCGCGGCUCCUGAGUUGGUGCAAUCAAAAGGCAUGGUCAGUCAUUUGAGUAGCCUUGCGAAGCGAGCCGCGCGUUCUUACUUCAAGACUGCGAUUAGAGUGUGCAAAAUCGGUCCUGUGUGACAGUGUAGUUCAGGAGUCUGACUAACAGCAUGACAGCUCGUGCAGCAGCGUCAGCAAGCUGCAUCAUAAUCGCGUUCUUCAGACCUGUUUCACGAGCCUAAUCGCGUUUUACAUUCUUGUUUCCCUAUCUCCAGCAAGAGCGAUGUGUGUCCGCCUGAGCCACGCGGAUUAACACGCACCGGAAAGCCGGGAACCUCCUCGGCAACGGGGAGGCCCCAUGGACUUAGCAACCGGUGCCAGCUGGCACUGCCCAGCAGCCGCCACGUGUCGCUCCCGCAAUGCUGCCCGCCUGGUGGGUCAGACUCCCCAUUCGUCGCUGGCGCGAUCCCCCAGUGGAGCAGCUCCCCUACGCGCGGGGUACAGGGCAUACCAGCAGCCCUUUAUUCAGGGGCCAGUUCAGGGGACUUCCCUUUCACCCCGGUCGCUGAAUGGCUUUCUGAUUGGCCAGUCGUCCCCCGAUGAUUUGAGAUGUUCGCACCAUUGGAGGGGACGACAGCUUGGUCUUGUAACGAUUCACCUUGUGACGCAGGAUUCUGGAAUUUCUCGAUUCGAACGGAGACGAGGCCUUUAUCGGAGGGUGGCUUCUUACCCUAACCCGUUUCGGUUUUCGAGUCAAAGAAGAGUGCCGUACGCGAUACAAGGUGCUGGCUCACCGGGACCAAGAAAAUGCCAGCUGAUUGCCAAUGCGGUUGCGGGACCAGGUGACUACAGCCGUAACGGCAGGAACAGCCCCGGUAGAAGUACUGUUGGCGGAGGCUCCAGUACCGGGUAUGGUUUGAGACCUGCUGCCUCAGGGCUCGGCAAUGGCUACGGCAGCAGCUGCAGCGGCCGCAGCGGCGGUGGCGGGAGCAGCAGCAGUGGCGACGGUGAUGAUGGGGGCAGUUACACUGUGCGUGAAAGUGGCAGGUUAGGAAGUGGCUCUGGAAUCGGUGGCUCUGACAAUGGCAGGAACGGAGGCGAGGCGCCACACCAGUCACAGCAGCAACGACAUUGGCACCAGGAGCAGCAGCGGCAGCAGCAGCAGCAGCAGGGGCGGCAGCAGGGGCGGCAGCAGGAAGAGCGCAGGGCGGAGGGUGCGGGGGAGCAAGGCAAGGUGGAAGGCAGCGCGCAAGUCAGUGUUCAAGGCAAGGUGCAAGACAGUGUUCAAGGCAAGGUGGAGGGCAGCGUGGAGCUGGAGGUGGCGAUCUUCGAGUUCAUGCUCGCCCACGGCCACCCCGACCGCUUCCCCACGCGCCACGAGCUGCUCGCCGCCGGCAGGCAGGACCUGGUGGAGGCGUGCCUGGCGGACGGCGGGUGGCUCAGCGCGGGGUGGGAAGUGGGGGUCGCGGGGGAGGGGGAUGCGGGGAAGGGGGGUGGGGUGAAAGUGGAUGGGGGGGGGGACGAGGCGGAGGUGACGGGAGCAGGGGGGAGGAGUGUUGGGCAGGGGAGGUUUCGGGUACAGAGAAGUGUGGGGAGGGGCGGCCAUGGCGGAUGGAGGGAUGACAGGGAAAGCAGAGAGAGCCAGCUAGGGCAAUGGGCUGGAAGUCAAUGGGGUAGCUCAGGUCAAACGAGCAGUUUCGUUCAACGGAAUCAACAGCACGCUGAACAGGUGGAUGAUGCUGACGUGGACUUGGAUUCAGGGUUUUGGUCCGCGAUGCUCUCCCCGCCCUCUCAGCCGAUCCCUCCGCCCUCUCCGCGCAUCACUCCGCCAGCAGCGGGUGGCAGAGAGCAGGCCUGGGCAGAAGGUAGAAGUGCGGGCGAGGGAGGCUUGAGAGAGGGUCGAGCCAAAUCAAGAGGGGUAGGAAUGGGAGGGGAGGGAGGUGAGGGGGGAGAAGGAGGAGGAGGAAGAGAGGGGUGGAAGGAGGGAGGGAGAACGGGGUCGAUGUCAGCAGGAGGCGUGAGGAGGUCUGACUUGAGAGGCGCAGGUGUCAAGGGGAGAGGAACAGGGACUGGAGCAGCGGACUGGAGAGCGGACGUUCUGCCUGGGCUGGACACACCCGUAGACCCCACACCUGGAAUUCCCCCUGCCCCUGCCCCGGCUCCUCCUUACGACUCCCCCCCCUCCGCUGCCCCUCCCGUCUCCUCACUUGACUCGUUAUCAGAGCCUCUAUCCUGGGCGCUCGAGGCUUCAAACGAGGAUGCGUCCUCGGGGUCAGAGGGAGAGGGGGGAAGCAGCAGCGAGUGGGACGCGUCAUCAUCAGAAGAGGAGGACGAAUUCGCUCCAGACGAGGAAAGAGUUUCCGUUUCCACCUCAGAGCAGGGAGGAGAGUCAAGCGGGGAGGGAACGGUCUCUUUAAGCAAGGAAAAUAACACCCCUCCUAGUGCGACCCCCCCUAGUGCGACCUCCCCUGGUGCGGUGCGGGGAGCGCAGAUGCGGCUAUCGUCGCUCUUCCAGCAGCUUGGGCUGCCCGCCAUAGAGUGGAACCCGGGCACCAGGGGACUGAGCAGUGCACAAGGGGGGCAGGGGGGAGCUAUUGAAUCGACUCAAAAGCAGCAGCUGGGGCUGCCGGCGAUAGAGUGGGACCCAGGCACCAGGGGACUGGGCAGUGAACUAGGGGGGCAGGGGAGUACAGAUGGGUCCUUGGGGAGAAAACUGGCCAAGGGUAGUCUACCCGAAGUGCAGGAGGGUACGAAAGGGGCGGGGGUUGGGAGUGAGAGUGAGGGUGAGGCUGAUGGUGCAGGUGGCGGCGUGGAUAGUGGUUUGGGGAGAAUCGCAGGAGGGGAAGGGAAGAGUGGGGGGGAGGCGGGUGUUGCUGAAAGGGCGGGGGAGAGGGCGCGGAGAGGGGGUGGGAGGCGGGGGUACGUGAGUGGAGAGGAGGGGGAGAAGCGGAAGAGGAGGAGGAGGCGGCCGAGUGGGAAGAGGAGGAAAGUGGAGGAGAUACAACCUGUCGAUCUCCUGGUCCUGCGCCAGCAGUUACAGGAGUUCUCAAACGCGGCAGGGCACCCAGGCAUCAUGCCGACACAGGAGCAGCUGAAGCACGCAGGGCGGGGCGACCUGGCAGCAGCGUUGCGGCAGCUGGCGAGGGAGCAGGCAGGGGGGGACGCAGGGAGAUCAGGACAGGGGCGGGAAGAGGGAGGAGAAACGGGGGGAGAAGGGGCGCAAGGGGGAGAAGCUUCGGGUCAGGGAGGGGGGACAGCAGGUGCGAGGAUAGGGAGACAGGAGACGGGCGUGGGGAAGACAGGGAGUGGGGGAAAUGCAGCGCCAGGAUCGGAGGAGGGAGCGAGGGAGGGCGAGGAGGGGAGGGCGCUUGGAAGGGCGAGGGGGUGGAGCGAGGUGGCGAGGCUAAUGGGGCUGGGGAGGCGGAGGAGAGGGCGGGCAGCCAGUGGGGAGGAUGGGGGUGUGGAUGGUGCUGUGGAUGGUGCUGUGGCUGGCGGUGUGGGUGGCGUUGUGCCGGAUCUUCCUGAGGAGUCGGUUGUCACGAGCAGUCCUGUCAAGCCGCGCAGACCAGUGGGGCGCCCAAGAAAAGGCCCUUCCUCAGUGCAAGCGGCAGCAGACGAGACAGGGAGGGGGGGAGCAGAGGAGCCAGGUGUGGGAUCGAGUACUGGUGGUGGCCGAAGUGAGUGGUGGAAGGGUAUGGGAGAGGAGGGGGAGACAGGGAGGGGAGCAGCACAGGAGCCAGGUGUGGCAUCGAGUUUUGGUGGUGGGCUGGUCGAGGGGGUGAGGGUCAACGAUGGGGGGGGUAAGGCGAGGAGAUUAAAGGAGGAGGAGGAGAAGGAGAGGGGGAGGGUGGAUGAUGGGAGCGUGGUGGAGGGGAGGGUGGCGGAGGGGAGUGUGGCGGAGGGGAGUGUGGUGGAGGGGAGUAUGGGGGGUGUGGGGAAUUUGGACGGCUUUGAUGCAGCACUGAGUGCCAGCCUGGCGAAUCUGAUGGCGUUCAGGAAGAGGCUGCAGUCGCUGGAGGGGUGGGAUGGCAGGGCAGCUGCUGGUGGCGCUGCUGCCAGACCAGCUCAAGAUCCCGCACGGCCCGCAGCUGACGAGCCUGCAGAGAACCUGAUAACGCCUCCCCUUCAAGCCCAGAUAACGCCUGCCUCCCAGGCGCAGCCAGCACCUGUUGGGAAAGAGGAGGUCGCACCGUCUCCAGAGGGGCCUGCCCCAGGAGCACCUGCCCCAGAUGCACCUGCCUCGAGGAAGAGGCGGCGGAGGGUGACGAGGAAAAGGAGUGAGGGCAAGGCUAGGAAGAAAGAGGACGCAGGGAUGGGUGCUGCUGACACUGAUGCUCGCGAUGUGGCUGGUGCUGCUGGUAGUGCUGCUGCUGGUGCGUCCGCUGAUGCCGCUACUGCUGCUGGUGGUGCUGUUGCUGAUGCGCCUAUUGCUGGUGCUGCUGGUGCUGCUGGUGACCUGUCUGCUGCUGGUGGUGAUGUCGGGGACGCCUCUGCUACAGUUGCAGAUGCGCUUUCACAGCUUAUCGGGUCCUUCCAACCAUCAGCACCACCAUCACCACCAGCAGCAGCAGCAGCAGCAGCAGCAGCAGCAGAAGCCGCAGCCACAGACACCACAGACCCCCAACUCGCCCCUGAUAAUAGGGCGAAGAAUAAGGAACCUCCCUCACCGCUGCGCAAGUUGCCAUUACCGCCUCCCCCUCCUUUGCCAGAUGUGCCUCCCCCAGCUGCUGCCUUCCUCAGGCGCGACCCGGAUGACCUGGCGGGGGUGACGGGGCGCAUCAGAUCCCUUGAGCAAUCGCUGGCCGCUACGCGUGCUGCGCUGAGGCAGGGGAGGGAGGCGCUGAGUCGACGCGAUGCUGAGUUGGAAGAGAUGCGCAAUCGCACGAGGGGGGAGCUGCUGCGGCUGACAGACUCCCUAGAGUUCAGGGAGAGCGAGAUGCUGAAGACAAGGGCUGAGCUGCGCUCUACGCGGGCUGAAGUGACGGCGCUUGAAGGCAGAUUCGCCGCUGAGUUCAGGGAGACAAGGCGGGUGUUGGAGGAGAAGGAUCAGCAGCUGGGGGAGCUGCAGGUGGCGUACGUGCAGCUGAGGCCCACUCGCGUGGUGUGGCCCAACCCCGGCAACGAAGUGCUGCUCACCGGCUCCUUCAACGGCUGGACCAACCGGAUUAAGAUGAUCAAGUCGAAUGCUGGGGUGUUUGUGACAACUCUUCAUUUGUACCCCGGACAAUAUGAGGUCAAAUUUAUAGUGGAUGGCAAUUGGAAGGUAGACCCUCGCAGGCCCAUCAUCUACACCCCAAGUGGCCACGAGAACAACAUCCUAGUAGUCACUUAGAUGUUGUGGGUGAUUUAGUUUGACUCAGUAGGGUAGAGUAAGACUCGAACCUUACUGUGAAGUUGACUAGCUGAAUGGGUGGGAAAGGUGUUAUGUACUCAACACCGGCUCCAGGAAUGAGCAAUGCUGCAACAAUCUAGAUAUGGAUGCUUGCACUCAAUGGCGUGGUUGACUGUUUGGUCAAUGGCAAAAUGGGUGGAUUUUGUGGC